UCACCUGACAGCAGCAUCACCUUCCUGUUCCUGCUACUCUUUUUUUUACCAUGUAGCCAUCAGUGCACGAGCUUGUCGCUUCAAAAUGUUAAAGAAACCUACGACGUUUACUGGUAAAUCCCUUCAGCCAGCACGACCUGUGCAUCAUCUGCCUUUGAAACAAGCCAUCUGCUUGGACUUUCCGACUGAACUGCCCAGCAGUACGGAAGUGUGUUUGCCCAGUGAAGUUGACCAGUUAUCUGAAAUGACUGAAGUGGAGAACUUAUCUGAAGCUAUGAUGCCUUGUCAACCAAACCAGCAUGAAUCAGAAGCAAAAAAAGAAAGGAUCAAAUACAGCAGAGAUUUCCUUCUGAAACUUUCAAAUGUUUCUCUCUCUCAGAAGAAGCCAGAGUUUCUUUCUGACCAUCCAGUUGUACUUGAAAAGCCAGAAAAGAGAAAGCCUUUUACUGACAUAUGUAAGAAGUGACAGUUUGGAAGAUGAGAACUUGAUCAAUGAAGGAGCUACACAUGAUGUAGAUCUUCCAAGAUUUUUGAUGACACUUUAAUGCCUGCAGGUGAAAGCAGGACCACGUGAAGCUUACAGAAAUGCUGUUUCUUCCUGGAGUGGGCUGAGUGCUUUAAUAUGUAUUACCACCUUAGGGAUUAUAUUUACAGUGAGAAUAAAUAAUUCUACAUUUUGCUGUGAGAGAA